AUGACGUGGAGCACUCAGUUGCCGUUCCGCCCUCCACGUCCCAGGCCAUUUUUCGACCUACCGUGGGAUAUCCGAGAACAGAUCUACAGUUACAUCGAGCUUGAUGCGCUCCCGCCAUUAUCAAACGGUACCGAAUAUUCUGGCUUUGUCCUCUCGUGCAAGCUCGCCGCCGAAGAGCUAUCCCAUGUCGCGACCGUAAAUUAUCGCAAAUACCUCGACGAGUUCAAGCGAUUGUCGAAGCGGCACACAGGCUAUACCAGCAUGAUUGCUCUACCAGAGCAGGCACCGACUGGUCAGACAAACCCUUUCGCUCAUCUACGCCGAGUCAAGGUCCAAGUCACUCUACAUAGCGGCAUCUGGGGCAGCGUCCUGAGCAGCAAGAUGGUGUUCACAGCAGCAUUAUGUGACAUGUUUCACCCUCUCUUCGGACUUUUCCUAGAUGGAGUAAACAUUCAUUUCGUGGCACCUUUCAAUCCUGAGAAGAGGGUGAGAAGGGGAUGCACGAAUGAAUUAUACAGCAUCCACCAGAUGAUUCACCGUGCUUUCGAUCUCAUUGAGACAAUGAAUUCACAAGUAGAAGCAUGGACUCCUUGUUCCAGAGGCCAAGCAUUGCGACUUGAACACGACAUUGAGCAAUUUCUUUACAACUUUGAGGCGCAGGUCCGUGGCUUCACGCGUUGGGAUCGCAUGAACACAAAAGGCAUCUGUUUCUCUUGGGACUGUCGACCAGUGGGUCAUAUCGAAUCUCCACCAGAAAUGAUUGGCUCUCUCUGGUCGCAGACAUUGCGUCUCCGUGACUCGAUCGGGACGGACAAGCAGACACACUACCGUGUGCACGAUGCAGAGGGCGAGGCAGGCGAGAUACGGAUUUCAAGUUCUUUGCGCUGGGCUCCCACAUCAGUCGGUCUUCCAAAGGAACUUUUCGAACGACACAACAAGGCUGCUGCACUGCAGGUGAGGAACCUGAACUUCGGCGACGCGGCAAUGAUCGUGAGCAAGGUGGAAAUAUGA